AUGAACAAACCAUUGUUCAUUCGUAUUGUUACUACUAUUGAGAAUGGAGUCUCAUACUUCAGACAAAGGCGAGAUGCUACUGGAAGGCUCGGUCUUUCGGCACUUCAAAAAUGUACGUCGGCUAUUCGUAUGAUGGCGUACGAAUGUUCGGCAGAUGCAACGGAUGAAUAUUUACGACUCGCUGAAACAACCGCCCACAAAUGCCUUCUACAUUUUGUUGAGGGAGUUAUAAAUCUGUUUGGCGACGAAUAUCUCAGAAGACCAACAGCGGAAGACCUCCAACGAUUACUGAAUAUUGGAGAACAUCGCGGUUUCCCCGGAAUGGUAGGGAGCAUAGAUUGUAUGCAUUGGGAGUGGAAGAAUUGUCCUACUGCAUGGAAAGGACAAUAUUCACGUGGAUCGGGUAAACCGACAAUCGUACUAGAGGCUGUGGCAUCACAAGAUUUAUGGAUUUGGCACGCAUUUUUUGGACCACCAGGUUCGUUAAAUGAUAUCAAUGUCUUGUACCGCUCUCCGGUGUUUGAUGAUAUCCUAGAGGGCCGAGCUCCGAGAGUUACAUAUGUUGUCAAUGGACGGCAAUACAAAAUGGCGUACUACCUCACUGACGGUAUCUAUCCCAAAUGGGCAACUUUCAUCCAAUCCAUUACACUUCCACGUGGUCGAAAAGCAAAAAUCUUUGCUCAAUGGCAAGAAGGAUGUCGUAAAGAUGUAGAGCAAAAAGACUUGAUUGAGCAUAUCUGGUAA